AUGGAGGUCGCAGCUUUCUACAUCACACUGUCGAUGACUGUGUUCCUGCAGCUGGGUGUUCUGACAAUUGAUGGAGCUUUUCGUAUCAUUCCAUCUAGACUCCAAGUCUUUGAAUAUGAGUCUGUCUCUUUUCAAUGCAAUGGUACGACUGGAUGGAACGUUUUAAGGAAGAUCAAAACAGAAACUUCGACUUGCGGUCUAAAUUGGGGGGUGUCCACCGAGUCGUUCUGCUCCGAUAAAAAUCUCUAUACUACUGACAGUGGAGAGUACUGGUGUGAGGCUGCAGGGGGGGAGAGAAGCAACAGCGUCAACAUCACCAUCACUGAUGGUUCAGUGAUCCUGGAGAGUCCUGUUCUUCCUGUGAUGGAGGGAGACGCUGUGACUCUGAGCUGCAGAAACAAGAUAACUCCCUUAAACCUCACAGCUGGUUUCUAUAAAGAUGGCCGCUUCAUGGAGAGCAGCUCUACGGGAAAGAUGACCCUCGAAGGUGUUUCCAAGUCAGAUGAAGGACUCUACAAGUGCAGCAUCUCUGGAGCUGGAGAGUCACCAGAGAGCUGGCUGGCUGUUACAGGUGAGACCCUUAAUGGCUAUUAAACAUGUCUCUCUAGCUGGGAGUUGAGGUGGUUCACUGUCACAGUCCACCUGCUCUCUGUCCACUCACCUCACACUGCCGGUCUCAGCCACCCUCUCCAACCUGGACUCACCAGGACUUGCUAGAUUGUUCUUCAACUUCAUGCAGGACCAGCCAACACUCUAACCCAGUC